CAGCAGCUCCUGCCGUAUUGCAGCAGAGACCUCCCGGCAGGGAGGUGCCACCGCCGCAGAGACGCGGUGACGGGCAGCCGCGUCCCAGGCUCUCGCAGAGGGGGCUCUGGCACAGGAGCAUCGUGCUGCCAACCGGGCUCGCCGGGUCUCGAAGGCAUGGGAGCCAAGGAUCUGAAGACACGCUUAGGCAUCCUGCUUCAUAAACCAGAGCUGGGACACAGGAUGGGGACCUCCAGCAAGCUGCAGCUGGGCUCCAGGCGGAGAGACUCCUCACGAGAGGUACUCGAAUGGAGGGAGUCCUUCGACCAGCUCCUGAAGAGUAAAAGUGGGGUGACGGCCUUCCACACCUUCCUGAAGACGGAGUUCAGCGAGGAGAACCUUGACUUCUGGCUGGCGUGCGAGGACUUCAAAAAAACCCGUUCAAAAACCAAGCUGGCCUCCAAGGCCAACAGGAUCUUCGAGGAAUUUGUCCAAAGUGAGGCUCCCAGGGAGGUGAAUAUUGACCACGAAACCAGGGAGAUCACCCGGAAGAACCUCUCGGGUGCCACCUCCGCUUGCUUCAAUGAAGCUCAGGCCAAGACCCGCACCUUGAUGGAGAAGGACUCCUACCCCCGGUUCCUGAAGUCCGCCUCCUACCAGGACAUGACCAAGCAGGCCACCAGCCGCGGCAUCAGCAAGCGGUCGCAUACCUGACCCGAGCCCGAAUCCACCAUGGGGGGAUGAGCCGGGGGACCAGGCAGAGGUUGAGGGACGGUUUGCGAGGGCUGAGGUCCACGCGGUGGGGUUUCGGCUGAAGUCCUGGCAUUUUAGCAGGAUCCCCAGGACCUCAAGUGCUCCCCACUUCCCACGGAGCUGCUGGGAAGAGAGGUCCUCCCUCUCCAGAGGAGCGGAGCGGGUGGGAACCCGAUGCCUCCCCUUGCAGCAUGGCUGGAGACCUGUACCACCACGGGGACAGAAAGAAACCGGAUUUCGGUUGCGAGCCUGGGAAAAAGAGACCGGGUUCCCCACAGCAUCCGUGACCGGAGAGCUCCCACCUGCUCUCAGGACCCUGCCUCCGACCCGCAGCAUCGGCCGCCGGCUGCAGAGCCAGCACGGGAGCCUGCAGCUCCGACCUGCCCGCAGGGCUUUUCCUAGGAGGGAACAUCCAGAAUAAAAGUCCGGAGACUACGUGGCAUUGUCAGCCGGAGGGACCCUGCGCCUGCCUUGUCCUCAUCCUGAGAUUCUUCUUCUGCCGUUUCCUGCGCAUGCUCUGCAUCGAAGCUUUACACCUUCUUCCAGUACAGCGUAUCCCUAGCAGCGACGUUUUUAUCCCUCGCUUAAGCUGCGUGCCCUUUAGAUUGUGCCUAAUCUUAGGUCACGUGCAUAACUUUUAAUUACUAUUAUUGUUAUUUAUUUUAUCAUUAUCAUUAUUAUUAUUAUUAUAUAUAUUUAUUAGAAGAGCACUGCUGAAAGCAUACGCACAUCCCUUGCUCCAAGGAGCUUGUAAAUUAAAUUAUUUUAGAUAUUGUAGCA